AUGUGGGUAGAAUUAUUAUUUAUAAUUCAUUGUGUUUUCUCUGCGACUAUACAAUAUAAUAGAAUUCCUAAUUAUAAAUGUGAAGUAGAUUCAAAUUGUACGAAUCGUUUACCUAAUUCAAUAUGUUUCAAUAAAAAAUGUAUAUUAAAAAAACAAGAAUUACCUCAUCGUCGACAAAUUAAUUCUGGUAUGAGAAUGUUAGGUGAAGAAUGUGAUUGGGCGAAUGAAUGUCGUCGAACACCUACUGAUGGAACAAAAGUAUGUUUAGCACGAAAAUGUGAAUGUUCACAGGGUUAUGUCGCAAUUGAUGCUUAUCGAUGUAUACAAGAUUUUGUAUUAUUAUUACCACCACCUAAGCAAGUAACAAAAUCCUAUGAAAAUGAACCAUUAGGAUAUGGUUCCGUAUGUUCAAUAAAUAGUGAUUGUCAACAUAAUACUAUGUAUCUUGAAUGUCUUCAUGGAACAUGUGUAUGUUUAGAUGGUUAUGUACCUUUAGGAAAGCAUUUAUGUUUUAAUAUGCGUGGACAAGAAAGUUCAACAAUAAUAAAUCUUUUAAGCAGCACAACAUCAACACAUUAUCCAAUAAAUAAUGAAGUAAUUAAAUCAUUAGGUAAACUAGGUAAUACAUGUACAAAUGAUUAUUUUUGUCGACGAACUGUAUCUCAAUCUCAUUGUUAUAAUGGACAAUGUACAUGUAUGAAUGGUUUUAUACCAAUUGAUCAAUAUACUUGUAUGCAAAAUAUGAAUGAAGAGACAACAACACAGUUAACAACAAUACCAAUUGAUUAUAAAAGUUUAUUAGGAGGAAAAUGUUUAACUAAACGUAAUUGUCAUACGUCAACUGCAGUUUGUUUAGAUUCUGUAUGUUCAUGUCCUAAAGGCUAUUUUCCUGUUGAUGAUUGGUCAUGUUUACAAGUACCAGAAUCAUCCGAUGAAGAAUUAAUUGAAACAACAUCUAUAAUAACAACAACAGCAACAUCAACAUUUUCAACAACUACUAUAUUUCGUUGGUGGCCAUGGUCACCUACGCCUACAACACGUCACACAAGUCUUUAUAUAAAAAAUGCAUUUCGUGUUCGUUGUUUACUUAAUCGACAAUGUGCUAGUAUGGAUAAAAAUUCUCAUUGUACAUUAUUCGGACGAUGUAUAUGUAAUCGUGGUUAUCAAUUAGAAACAACAAAUAGAGGACAACAUUGUAUUCAACGAAUAAUAAACGAAAAUGAUUGUGACUAA